GCGUGUGUGGUGUUGUUUACUCCGUUUAUUCUAGUGUAAUGUAUUUGUGGUUAUUAUUUUUGUAGUGCAUAAGAAUUCCAGUGAGUGAGACACUGAGUUCCCACACUGACUCUAGAGCUGCUGCGUGACUGUGGUUCACCUUUCGCUCAGGUGUGCGCCGUUUACAACUGGAAAGUGAAAUACCGGCUGCGAUUCCCGAGGCGCGCGACGCUCAUAUAAACGGCGGAGAGAAUGGAGGAGACACAGCUAAACACAGCAGCAGCUGAUCAGUGCAUCAAACCUGUGGCAUCAGUCUUCUGGAGAACACGACACGAUGGACCUUCGUUUGGUGCAGCUCUGUCUUCUUCUGUCCGCGUGCGGCUUCAGCUCUGUGCUGAGCUGCAGAUGGAUCCAACACAAGUUCCAGCAACACCACGGAGCCUCGGUGCAUCUGAUCAGAAAGCUGGGUGAGAAAAUCCGUAAUGACCAUGAGGACAUUAACCCAAUCCCAUAUGAACUGAUCAAUAACCACAGAACAGCAGAGCCUGAGAAACAGAUCCUGUUCGUCAUUCAGGCUCUGGUGGAGAUCACUGUCCUCUUUGACGAUGCCGUCGUCCCCUGGGAUGCUAAAAAACUUGAAGAUUUCUUAGAUGUCGUGCAUGAGGAGAUCGAUGGACUGCACUCAUGUGGGGCUUACAAAAUGAAGAGGAACAAAAAGUUGCAUCUGUAUUUUGAAAGACUGAGACACAUGGCAGAAAUGAACACGGAGGACAGAGAUCACAGCUGGGAGAUCGUCAGGAAACGGGUCAUAAGUUUCAUGAACCAGCUGGAGUUCUUCUCCUUCCACACUCAUGUUUAA